GCGUAGGUGCGUGAGCCGCCGUGCACCUCGGACCUUGCAGACGGGGCCCGCCAUGGAGCACAUCCGCACGCCCAAGGUGGAGAAUGUGCGCUUGGUAGAUCGAAUGUCUUCCAAAAAAGCAGCCCUAGGUACUUUGUAUUUGACGGCUACUCAUGUCAUAUUCGUGGAAAAUGCGCCUGACACAAGAAAGGAAACAUGGAUUCUCCACAGCCAGAUUUCCACCAUUGAAAAACAGGCAACAACUGCUACUGGAUGCCAUCUGCUUAUUCGUUGCAAGAACUUUCAGCUGCUACAAGUCAUCAUCCCCCAGGAGAGAGACUGCCACGAUGUGUACAUCUCUCUGCUGCGCCUCGCGAGGCCAGUUAAAUAUGAGGAGUUAUACUGCUUUUCAUUCAACCCCAAGCUGGAUAAAGAAGAAAGAGAGCAAGGCUGGCUGCUGCUCGAUCUCAGUGAGGAGUACAAGCGCAUGGGCCUCCCUAACGACCACUGGCAGCUCAGCGAUGUGAACAGAGACUACAGAGUCUGUGAUUCUUACCCCACCGAACUGUACGUUCCCAGAGCGGCCACGGCGCACAUCAUACUGGGGAGUUCCAAGUUCCGGAGCAGACGGCGGUUUCCUGCCCUCUCUUACUACCGCAGAGACAACCACGCCUCCAUCUGCCGGAGCAGCCAGCCCCUGUCCGGCUUCAGUGCCCGGUGCCUGGAGGACGAGCAGAUGCUCCAGGCCAUCAGGAAAGCCAACCCAGGAAGCGACUUCAUUUACGUCGUCGACACUCGGCCUAAGCUGAAUGCCAUGGCCAACCGUGCUGCUGGGAAAGGCUACGAGAAUGAAGACAAUUAUUCCAACAUCAAGUUCCAGUUUAUCGGGAUAGAGAACAUCCAUGUCAUGAGGAACAGUCUGCAGAAAAUGCUGGAAGUGUGUGAACUGAAGUCUCCCUCCAUGAGUGACUUCCUGUGGGGACUGGAGAACUCUGGCUGGUUAAGGCACAUUAAGGCCAUCAUGGAUGCAGGAAUCUUCAUUGCCAAGGCAGUCGAAGAGGAAGGGGCGAGUGUGCUUGUGCACUGUUCCGACGGCUGGGACAGGACAGCGCAGGUGUGCUCCGUGGCCAGCCUCCUGCUGGACCCGCACUACCGGACCCUGAAGGGCUUCAUGGUAUUAAUUGAAAAGGACUGGAUAUCCUUUGGCCAUAAGUUUAAUCACAGAUACGGCAACCUGGACGGCGACCCGAAGGAGAUCUCUCCAGUCAUCGACCAGUUCAUUGAGUGUGUCUGGCAGUUAAUGGAACAGUUUCCCUGUGCGUUUGAGUUCAAUGAGCGGUUUCUGAUUCACAUUCAACAUCACAUCUAUUCCUGCCAGUUUGGAAACUUCCUAUGUAACAGCCAAAAGGAGAGACGAGAACUCAAAAUUCAAGAAAGAACAUACUCUUUAUGGGCUCACCUGUGGAAGAAUCGGGCUGACUACAAAAACCCUCUCUUCAGAGCUGACCCCAGCCAGACCCAGGGGACCCUUCGUCUGCCCACAGCGCCAUGCAACUUCAUGUACAAGUUCUGGAGUGGAAUGUACAACCGCUUUGAGAAGGGACUGCAGCCCCGACAGUCGGUCACAGACUACCUCAUGGCAGUGAAGGAGGAAACCCAGCAGCUGGAGGAAGAACUAGAGGCCCUGGAAGAGAGACUGGAAAAAAUCCAGAAAGUCCAGUCCAACUGCUCUGAAGUGAAGAGCAAGCCGAGCGAACCCAGCAAACACUCAGGGUUUUCCACCUGCAACAACAGCGCAGCCAACACCCCCCAGGACUACAGCGGGAACGCCAGGUCAUUCCCGUCCAGGACCCCUUCCCAAGGCGACGAAGACUCGGCGCUGAUCCUAACCCAGGACAAUCUGAAAAGCUCGGAUCCAGACCUGUCGGCCAACAGCGACCAGGAGUCGGGGGUGGAGGACCUGAGCUGCCGGUCCCCCAGUGGUGGCGAGUGUGCCCCCAGCGAAGACAGCGGCAAGGAUCGGGACUCUGAUGAAGCCGUGUUUCUCACGGCCUGACCUCCCUUUGGACUUCCAAACAAAGGACACGCCAGAAACACUUUCCAAAAAUAAGGGAACAGUGCAAUUUAAGAUUAAAAAUAACUCAAGAAAUGAUACAUGAUAUUGACAAUUAUAAAAUAUAGCAAUGAAAAUGGGGAAAAAGUCCAACUCAUCGUUUCUUAAGACUUAAGACGUCGAAGAACAGGAAGUAGCCAUUUCUUUUGUCAAAUAAAAAUUAAGGAAAUGAUCCCAUUUCAGAAAUCGUUCUAGACUAUGGAAGUUUUAUUCACUGCAGAGCGAUGACCUCGAGCAUCACCUGAGGUUAUCAACACAAACUUCCUCGUCACAGCAUGCAUCU